CAAGUUCAAGGUCAAAUGAGUACUAUAUAAACAAAUCUGUUAACAAGCGUGUGCUAGUUUAAAUUUUUACUUCCUUGUUUAUUAUCAAGAAGUAGAAAAUCUUAUUUGGAUGGAUAUGGCAGUACCAAUAAAUAACGAAGAGCAAGAAGACAAGAUCAUUGAAAGGGACGUAAUUCAUCUAGACAACUCGAAUAUAGGGAAUGGUCAGUUUACAAAUGAGGAGAAUUCAACAACAUCAGCCACACGCAAAGAUGACACAGAGAAAACUUUUAUUAAACAGCAAAUACUGAAAACCAACUUUGCAACAGCUGUUACAAUACUUAGCUGUGUUAUGGCUUGUAUCAAAACAUUUCAAAACGAAUUCAUGGACGCAUCACAAAAAUAUGCGAAAAGUCAUUUGGCGUGUUAUAAAAUGAGGACUAAACAAAUGAAGCCUAGCAUGGCAAAAGAGGUUAUUUUUAUUUCAAAAAGUAAAGCAUGGUUGCAAAGAUUUGUGAGAACAUUACAUUUCUACCCAAAAACGUUUUUGAAUACGUAUUUGUUGGAAUCUGAGGAAUAUCAUAAAUUUGUGGAUCAACAGAAAAAUUCGGGUAAUAAAAAGGAAGCUAUGCAAUUUGAGUGGUGUAGAUUAUCAAGUUUCGCAUCGUACCCACAGACAUGUCAUUCAGUAAUACGACUCGCAGGCGCUGGCUUUUACUAUGACGGAAACGGAGACGAAGUUAUCUGCUAUUUUUGUGGCUUAACACAUAAAAAUUGGAAACCAAUAGAUGAUCCAAAACUAAUUCACAAGCAAAAGGCACCUAAAUGUCCGUUUGUUAUGAAGAAUAUAAGUGAAAUUUCAAAGCAAGAUGAUGUGCCGACUUAUUCUACAUAUGGUGGACAUACAUCAUCGGGAGGUGCAUGUGGAAACGCUGCAGAUUCUGAAAAUUUAUCAGUGAUCAGUGAGAAACAAUAUGAGUUUGUAAAAGAACAACAUAGAAAUGAAUCAAGAGCUCAUAAUGAAAAUACUUUCACAGUUGUAACGAAUCGUGAAAAUUCUGUUGCGGUUGACAGAAAUCGUGAAAAUACCGAAUCGUCAAUGCCGCAGGAAAGAGCAGAAUACUUUUCUUCACAGACAAAGACGAACCAAACGCAAACCGUUCACUCUAGAAACAACACAACUGGUCUCAUUCACAUACCAGCGACAAAUGUUGCUCAACAACUAACUUCAACACAUGCAAUUGAAAAUACUGCGGGAUCUUCGGCUUCAAAUACGGCACCAAUAAGCAUCGGCAUUUGUCUUGAAAAACCUAAAUAUCCUAAAUUUGCUAUAAAGACAACUCGCUUGUCAUCAUUUGAUAACUGGCCUUCAUACUUGACUCAAACGCCAGAAGAACUGAUCAAUGCAGGUUUCUUUUAUACCGGUAUCGAGGAUCAUUGCAGAUGCUUUUUCUGUGGAGGAGGUCUUAGAAGAUGGGAAGAAGGAGACUUGCCUUGGACAGAACAUGCUCGAUGGUAUCCCAAGUGUCCAUUUGUUAACCAGUGCAGGGGAGAGAAGUUUAUUGAGGCUGUUCGACAAGGGGAAAAUCCAGAGAUAACUAAAAAUGUGGCUGAAAAAGAACACAAGCAUUCACCUAGUGGGUUAAAUGGAUACACAAAUAAUCCAGCAGUACAAACCAUUCUUGACUUUGGGUACGAAUGUGCAGUUGUAAAGACAGCCUAUGCAAGAUUAAAAGAAUCCGGAAUACAUGAUGUUACGGCAUCACUAUUAUUAGAGACCAUUUGUGAAAAAGAAGAGAGUGACAAUCAACGUGCCUCCUCUGAUCAGAUUAUUGCAAGUCAUAGCACAACACAAGAAAAACAAGCAGGCGAUACAGAACAUUUCAUCAAAACACCAGAGACCAUUGAGCAAAUUGACACAACACUUGAAUUAUCUAUCAGGAGUCUGGAAGAGGAGAACAGAAAUUUAAAAGAUCAACAAACCUGCAAGAUUUGUUUAGACGAACCGGUGUCCAUUGUUUUUCUCCCAUGUGGUCACAUGGCUGCAUGCAUUAACUGCGCUCCAGCAUUGCGAAGAUGUCCAAUCUGUAGAGCUUUUAUCAAAGGAACCGUAAAAGCUAUAAUGUGCUGAGAUAUUUCCAGAAUACUUUACAAUUGUCUGAAUUGAAGAACGAUUAGUAAAAGUAUUAUUUUCUUAUUUAAAUGUAGAAACGUCACGGUAUUGUAUGAUACGUUCAACAAUGAAGGCACAUUUAAGAUAUAAGUUUAAACAAUUGUUGUGAAUAGCGAGAACUUUGAAAGAAAUGUUAUACAUGUUUAAGAAGAUAUCAAGUACAAAAUAUUCUUUGAACUUAAAUGAAGAUAUCAAAUACAAAACAUUCUUUGAACGAAAAUGAAGAUAUCAAAUACAAAAUAUUCUUUGAAUUAGAAUAAACAUGUGUAUUACUUACUGUGUGGUUACAACAGACUAUACUAUUUCAUAUUGCAUAUUGUUACUACCUUUUGUCAUACAUGUACUAUUCUCAUAAUUGUAUUAUUAUUCAUACACUGUAUAUUAAUAUAUAAAUGUAAUCAUUAAUCGUUCUCUUUUAGAACAUCUAACAUAAAUGCGGUAAUACAAAAAUUGAAAGAAUAGUGGUAAAACUGCUCUCGAACCAUUAAUGUUUAUAACUUAUUUAAAUUUAUCUCUGUUAUAUUUUUUAUGUUAAGUUAUUGUUAAAAGUUUAAAAUUGAUAUAAUGUUAUUUAUACUUAAUAAAACCACUAGUGCUCAAUUCCAAGUGUGCUCAAUUCCAAGUUAUUAUAAUAUGUAUAUUUUUAUGUUGUGCAACAGCAGAGAUUGAAUGCCAAAUUUUAAAAGAAUCUAAUCCCGUACCCGGACGGAAAAAACAUCAUCUUUAUUAGACCAAUUAGAUAUCUUGUUUUAUUUUCCCCCCUUUGCUUGUAUUUUACUGAAAGAAGGUUGCCGUUUACAAGGACACGAUUGCACCAACAAUUCGUACAUGUAAUGUAAAAGUUUAAAUUUAUUCCUUCAAACUUAAAUUCUACGGUCGCCCUUAGGUUCUGCUUGACCGUGGCACCAUUGAUUGCAAGUAAUCGUCGACUUUUACUGACAAUUUACGACAUGACGGGUGCCAUUAGUUGAACUGGGUCAUCUUUCCCUUCCUGAUGACCACAGGCACUUGUCUCAGAAUUUUUCCCCCUAUAUACCUGUUAUAUAAAGAUAUACAGGAAUUUUUUUUCUGAGACAAGUGCCUGUGCUGAUUACUCCGGUUUUAAUGAGGUUUAUGUACGUUAUUCAGUCUGAGUAUUUGUUUGUAGACAGACAUUGUUUGUCCAUCUAUCGUUUUUCGUUUUGGCCAUAUACAUAUAUAUUUUGGUGAUAAUUUAAAAGUAUGCUGACAUAGUAUUUUCUUUAUAAGUAAGAUAACACAUGUGUUGUUUCAUCAUGCGUUUCACUAGUGAUACCCUUUGCCGAUUUGUUUACACCUCUUAGUGAAGACAACUGUGUUGUAUAGGCUUAAACUGUUUUAUUAUGCAGUAUUCACAUGACAUGUCCUUCACUUCUUUAUGAAAGUAACUUAAAAUACCUAUAUCAGUGUUAUCUGAAUAAAGAAGUAUGCAACAUA